GUAUUUCCAUCAUGUGAUCAAUUUUUCAUUACAAAGUUGGGUGUGUAUCAUAUGACUUGUCUUGAGGUGCAUGUGACAGAAUAUAAUAUUUAAGCAUAUGUUUCCAAUAGAUUUUAGAUUAAAUCUGACAACAAAGGAGUGAAAUAACCAUUGCCUAACCAUGCUUCGUCUUAGUAUACUAUUGGUUGCCAUAGCAACUGUAUUUACAGCACCACAGACACAGGACCAGAAUUCCAUUAUAAGAUAUUUUGACAUUCAGCCAGCAUCUGUUAAAAUGACUGUGACAGCACCCAAAGGUCAUGUUGUCACAUCAUUUGAACCUUACGACAAAUCCUGGGAAAAAUUCAAACUUGAACACAGUAAAUCAUAUCAUACCAUUGAAGAAGAAACAUAUCGUAGAACUGUUUUCAAGAAGAAUGCAUUAAAAAUAGAGGAACACAACAAAAAAUACAGUCUUGGUCAGAAGUCUUAUUAUCUUGGAAUAAACCAGUUUGCUGAUAUGGAACACUGGGAGUAUAUGCAACAUCAUGGAUUCCAGGUAAAGAAAACAGUAAACAGAACAAGUACAGGGUCAAAGUUCCUGCCUCCUCUCAAUGUUGUUUUACCUGAGAAUGUAGAUUGGAGAGAUAAAGGAUAUGUAACACCAGUAAAGAAUCAGGGACAGUGUGGUUCUUGUUGGUCAUUCAGUACAACUGGUGCCUUGGAAGGACAACACUUUAGAAAGUCAGGUAAAUUGCUUUCUCUUAGUGAACAACAAUUGGUUGAUUGUUCUGGUGACUAUGGUAACGAAGGAUGUAAUGGUGGUUUAAUGGAUGAUGCAUUCAAAUACAUUAAAGCUGUCGGUGGAUUAGAAACUGAAGAUGACUAUCCAUACACAGCUAAGCAACAUACAUGUGACUUUGAUGCCAGUGAGACUGUUGCCUCGGAUACUGGAUUUGUUGAUGUAGAAAGUGGUAGUGAAUCAGACCUGAAGAAAGCUUCAGCUUCAGUUGGUCCUAUAUCUGUGGCUAUUGAUGCCAGUCAUCAAUCAUUCCAACUUUACAAAGGAGGUGUAUAUGACGAAGAAGAAUGCAGCAGUAAAAAUUUAGACCAUGGAGUAUUAUGUAUAGGCUAUGGUACUGAUGAAAGUGGAAAUGAUUACUGGCUUGUUAAAAAUAGCUGGGGUGAAACCUGGGGUGACCAAGGAUACGUGAAAAUGUCCAGAAAUAAGGAUAAUCAGUGUGGUAUAGCUACACAGGCCAGUUAUCCACUUGUUUAAAUUUGGAACUCUACAGAAAACAGAGAUCAGUGAAUCUUGAGGAUCAGAAGCUUUCCUAUAGUAUAUAUAUACUUUACAUCUGUACUAAUUUGCAUGUGACAAAAAACCAUAAAAUUUACCAAGCAUUAUCUUAUUGUUACACACAUUAUCAGGAAGAACCAUAACUUACAAAAGAAAUAUUUUUCACAAUAUGAAACCAUUUGAUAUGCAAAUUAUUUUUUACAAAUGUAGACAUUGUAAAUAGAAUGUUAAACAUUCCAGUAUUGUUAUGUUAGAGUUGACAUGUUAACGUAGUUACAACCUACAAAGUCACAAUUGAAGUAGCUUGAUUUUUGUAUACAUUUUUUACUGCCGACAUAUAUCCAGGUUGAAUUUUUCACAUGAAAAAAAUCAUGAUUUAAUUUUUUUCUUAUAUUAAUAUGAGAAAUUCUAUUUGGUUGUCAGACAUUUUAAGACGAGAUAUUUAGUUGUCACAUUGAAACUGUUUUGUGUUUAUGCAGACAAUCUGUAUUGAUCUUAAUUACAUAAACCGGUGUUAUUUGUGAUAUUAAACGAUUGGUUGUUUGACUUAAACUUGUAUAUGUUAGAUAUACUUGAUUCUGAAUAUUUUUAUUAUUAUUUGGAAUAUCUGAAAUUAGAUUCGAUAUGUAAAUAAUUCUUUGCUAACUUUUUUCCAAACAAAAAUGUUGCACUGAAUUUUUCUCCAAAUUUUGCGUGAAUCUCAUGUUUAAGAUCUAGAUUUGAUAUUAAAACUUUACUUGAAAAUAAUAUCUGAAAUACAUUAAGUUGUUUUUGCAUAAACUUUAUAUGAGUGUACUAAAUUUUAGUGCACUACAUGUUUAUAAUAAUCACAACAAUUCUACAUGUUUAUAAUGAUUUAAACUUGGAUCUGAAAUCCUACCAGAAUCAUCACAAAGUUGCUUCAUAGUCACUUCUUAUCUAAAUGAUUUGUUUAAGGGAGGUAUUAAUCGGUUACUUUUACUCUAGUUUUUUUUUUUAAAUUUAAAAAUAUAGAUCAUUCAUACUGAGUGUCAUGUUAGUGGAAACAUCUGUAAUAUUGAUAUUGAUUUUUAAUGUAAAAUGUUUACUAGAUAUUGAAUGAAUUUCUCUUUUCUCAUUUGAAUUUUCUUUCAAAUAUACAGCUUUGGUUUUGGUUAUGCCUUUAGCUUGUGAUUUUUCGUGUUAUUUCAUUCAUGAACUUUUAUGUUUAUUAGCAAGACUACAUAUAUUAUAAUUACAAGAAUCAUUUCUAUUUCAUUUCUAUUUCAUCGAUUUAUUGUAUUGGACAAUUUGUUGUGUUUAUCUUAUAUGUGCUAAACUUGUAUUUACAUUGAGAAAUCUCAUAAUAAAUGUUCUUUUUUCAAAAA